AUGUCGGAACGCAAGAAGCGCGAGGCUUCUUUGCCGCCCUCCGCGUUCACAUUGCCCACAUACACGGUUCCGAGCAGCAGUCCUACUAGCAAUUCCACGUCGCUCACCCGGGUGCAUGUUCCCGGCAAGUCGACCCCUUACCCGGGCCGCGCCCGCAGCAUGUCUAUGCCCCCACCCCCCUCACCUUUGAAAAACAUGAUCAAGCAGGAGCCCUCGGACGAAGCCUCCUCGAGUAACCCUCUUUCGACUAUCCCUUCAUCGCCCUCGAAGAGCAUGUGCACGCGAAAACCGUCUGUUGGUGCUGCCUCGCAAGUUCUUUCGUCGCCAAUGAAGAGCAUUCUCAAGAAAUAUGACUCUGGCGUGAAGGAUAGCACAGCCAAGGUUCUCUUUGCCAAGGACAAGAAUCGUGAUGAUUCUCCGCUCAAGAAGAAGCACAAGAAGGAGAAGAAGGCUGAUAGGAAGAAGAAUAAACUCAAGAGCAAGUAG